UCAACAUCAUUAUGCCAGACACUGAGUGUCAUGUGAUCCUGCCUCUGUGUCCACAGGAGACAGCGCACAGAGACAGAACCGGGCGACGACACAGUCACAGAGAGGACAGGAGAAAGGAGUGAAUAAAAAGACAAGUCACCUUUCGGUAUCAUGACGCUGCGGGACGAGCUUUUAAAGUCUAUAUGGCAUGCGUUUACAGCUCUGGAUGUGGAUAAGAGCGGGAAAGUCUCCAAAUCUCAGCUGAAAGUGCUUUCUCAUAACUUAUGUACAGUAUUAAGGAUCCCGCAUGACCCAGUGGCACUGGAAGAACAUUUUAAAGAUGACGACGAGGGUCCUGUUUCCAAUCAGGGAUACAUGCCGUACCUCAACAAGUUCAUCCUGGAUAAGGCGAAAGAUGACUUUGACCGCCAGGAGUUCAAUAAAAUGUGCUGGACAUUGUGCUCAAGGAAGAACAUGGGGCAAAAACAGCUGUUCAUCUCCAACGACGACGCUUUUAAGAUAUGGUGCAUAUUCAACUUCCUGUCUGAGGACAGAUACCCGCUGAUCAUCGUCACUGAGGAGAUAGAAUACUUCUUGCGUAAGCUGACAGAGGCGAUGGGAGGAAGCUGGGUGGAGGAACGUUUUGAGGACUUGAAGCUGCAGCUGCACUCAAAGCAGCAGUGCCUGAAUGUGUGGGAACUCAUCAGCCUGGUGGGCUCAGGUCACUUCAGCAAGGGCAUGGACCAACAGACCCUGUCCAUGGGCAUCAACGAGGUCCACCAGGAGCUCAUCCUGGAUGUGCUCAAACAGGGUUAUAUGAUGAAGAAAGGUCACAAGAGGAAGAACUGGACAGAGCGCUGGUUUGUGCUAAAGCCCAGCUUUAUUUCAUAUUAUGUUGGUGAGGACCUUGCAGAGAAGAAAGGAGACAUCUUGUUGGAUGGAAGCUGCACUGCUGAGUCUUUACAAGACAAAGAGGGAAAGAAGUGCCUCUUCCUCAUCAAGUCAUCUCAAAAAAGCUUUGAAAUCAGUGCAUCAGACAAGAAGAAAAAGCAGGAGUGGAUCCAGGCUAUUCAGACUUGUGUGAAUCUGCUGCGUCUGGGCCGGCCUGCGCCGCACCACGAAGCCCGACAGAAGCGCAGAGAGCUGCGGCUCAAGCAACAGGCCGAGCAGGAGGAGCUGGAGUUGAGGAUGAGGGAGCUGCAGACGGCAAACGAGGUUAAACAACAUGAACUGGAGAACAUGAGGAAGGCUCUGGAGGACACAGCAGCAAAAGCAGCAGAGGAAGAGAAAAAACGCCUUUUGACCCACGUUGAACUCCAGGACCGCUACAAGGUGGAGCUUGAGAGAGAAAAAAUGGUACGACAGCAGAUGGAGGAGCAGGUGGCCCAGAAGUCCUCUGAGCUGGAGCAGUACCUGCAGAGGGUCCAGGAGCUGGAGGACAUGUACCAUAAGCUGGAGGACGCUUUGGAGGAUGAAAGGCGUGCCAGACAGGAUGAGGAAACUGUCCGUAAGCUGCAGGCACGGUUGCUUGAAGAAGAGGCUGAGAAGAGAUCAGAGUUGGAGCAGAUCCACCUGCGUCAGCAGCGGGCCAUCUCUGAAACUGAGGCGGAGAAACAGGAGCUGGAGAAGGAACGUCUGGCCAAGGAGAGCGCCCUGCAAGCUGCAAUGAAACAACUGGAAGAGCUGGAGCUAGAGAGGCAAGGGGCGCUGGAGCAAUACCAGACGGUGAUGAAAAAGCUGGAAGAUGCAACUAACAACACCAAGACCUGGAAGCACAAAGUGGCUGAACAUGAAGGGAUGUUACGGCUCAUUCAACCAGGUUCCAAAGGGCCACAGAACAUUACAAACUGGGGCCCGGCAGCCUUCUCUGAGGCUGAGCUGAGUCUGCGGGAGAAGCAGUGGCAGGAGAUGAAGAACCAAGCUGCGCAGGCUCAGUAAAGCUGCUGUCAGACUUCAGUCUCAAGCAUGUCACUAAAUCAAAAGGCUGAUAAGAUGUGCUGUGUCCAGUACAACUUACAGGUAGUGACUGGAAGCAAACCUGGUGACUGGAUUUUCCAAUGGGAUAUAAAUACCCGGUUAUUACAAUACUGAGGCAUUUUUAUAUUAGUAGAACAUGAAUUAAUUGGUUCCAUUAAAUGAAUCUUUAAUGUUGUCCACUUGGUAGCAACAGAAUAACUGCUGUUAGUGUACAACACUAAAGACUAGAGCUGGAGUUUAACAUUGUGUCCCUUUUUUAGCUCGAAUCCAGUUAAGACUUACAAAAAUAUGCGGAAAAACAGAGGAACAAAAGCAGCUUUGUUUCAUCAUAGUUUAACUGUAUUUAGCAGACAGUCCCAGGCGCCAAUUAUAGGUUGUAAAUACAAGAGAACUGUUAUGCUGAAGUUGUAGACGUUAAUCUGAGAUACCUUCACAAAUCCAGUAUAUGUGGCACAUAUUUAAAAACUAAUGGUUCAUUCUGAUCCAACAUGUGUGCUCCCACACAGAAACAUAACAGGUAGCAUCAAAGUUUUAUUCACCCAACACACUAAUGCAUUGGUAUCAAUGAAGCAAGUAGACAUGGUAUUCAUUUUGAUUUUGUUUUUAUUUUCUACUGUGUGCAGUCCACAUUUAUUGGCAUCUGUGGUGCAGAUGUAGUAGCAUAAUCUAACAAUGACAACCUUAGAAAAAUCCAACCUAUAAUAUGAGUACAUCUAACCAGUGGGCAAAUAAAUCACACCUGUAGAAAAUUGUUUGAAUAAAAUCAAUUAUUUGUACGCCCACCCUUGAUGCUUUGCAUGAUGAUCACAAAAACAUUGUGCUAAGCCCUGGAAAAAAACCCAGCAGGUAAAAACUCCUAGUUACGAACCACGUCUCUUUGAUUAUGCAAUCCCAGCCUGUGAUUUCGGUGGAUUGCCUUGUAUGAUGUGACACGACAAAGUGAUCUAUUAUGGAGGAUUUGUAGUUUCAUGUUUAUUGUGGGACUGGGAUGUAAAAGGGGCUUUAGUCUGGUCUGACCAAAAGAACCUGCUCCAUUUAAAGUCCCAGACAAAUUUAGACAUCUUUACCUGUUUAUGUCUUUCAUGGUUGGCUAGACAACGUUUUGUCUGGUAUCACUCCUGAACAACCAGUUGGCAUGUGGAUCGUGUCUCACGGUUGUUAUGGAAACUUUGUAACCCUAAGAUGCCACACUUUGCUGCUGUUCUCCAUCACUGGUUGGUGGAGACACCAUCCUGCUCACUGUGCAUGGUGGGAAAACUUAAAUAGGGUCUUUGUUAAGCUUAGUGGCCAAUGGCUUGAAGAAGUGUCAUUUUUCUUCUUCAUAAAUGAAUAACAUUACAACCAUCCCUGAGCAUCCUCUUCAUCAGACUGUCUUCCAACAAACAGUCAGAGGCUUCUCCGGAUCUGCUGUAAUAGCGACCGCUACAGGAGAUCCUUCCUGCCCACGGCCAUCAGCAUCUGCAGCAACUCUUGGAGUUGGAGAAACUUGGAUAAUAUGAGUUACAACAACAUUUAAUUUCCUUUUGGGAUUAAUAAAGUGUUUUCAAAUUUACUUGAAUUUAUUUUAUAACCCAGAAAAAUAUGAAUUCAUGCAAAUAGUAACAAGUUCUUUGAAUCCAAACUUAAAGAUGUAAAGAAUGUGGUAAAAAUGCCUCAUAUACAUUUAUUUAAAACAAAUUGUUAAGAACACCAAAUUUGUGCAACCUCUGAUUUUUUUUUUUUUUUUAACCAGUUGUUUUUAAACGUUUUCCCCACUGAAUAUUGUACUCAGAAGGUUGGACCUUCCUAAACGUCAGUGAGAAACUGCUACUGCAACCAGUAAAUGUGGAGUUUGCUGUAAUAUCAUGUAGGAGCAUGGAACAGCAAGCUAGUUAUUCUACCAUUCCUUCUAUAUUAUGAACUGUCAGUACAAUGUGUUGUUUUAUCAGUGUGUAUUGUCUGAUCGGUUGAUUAAUGAUGUGCAGCUAAUGAAAGGAGGAUGUUGGGUUUUUUUAAUCCUUCCAUCCAGAAACCCAGAUGGAGAACUAAAGAGUAAUCCUUUGAUAGAUACAACAGUCACAUUUCUUUAAAACUUGGGACUCCUUGCAUAAUGGUUCUGAUAUAAAGUCUGUAUUUUGAGGGUAUGAGGGAACAUUGUUGAACAUGCCACUACCUUAUAAGUUCUUCCACUAUGUCCCAAUGUUCUGCUUGUAUUUCCCAAGCCAUCAACCAGUUGCGUUGUGGUUCUUACUGUUAAAAAAGGGUCGUUUUUGUGUCUAAAAAUUCAAAAGCCUUUUAGAAACUAAAUCUGUACAAUGCCUGGAGUCUUUGGGACCGUUUAACAGGGAAAUUAGACCGUUUGAACAUUUUAACAACAACUUUAUUGCUUGUUACAGUUUUUGCAUUCACAAAGCUGUCUCUAAAAACAUAUGUACAACUUCCUAAAUAUUUGUAUCAACGUCCAAGCACUGUUUAACUAGUUUGCUUGAUCUAGGCCAUUCAGAGCCAACGUCCACUACAGACAGGAUUAUGAACUGCUGGACAUCUUUACUGUACUCUUCUAUUAACACUGUCCUGAUUUACUCUUGCAUGUAUGCAUGCGUUUGUAAAAACCUGGAGACUGAACGGUGUAAUAAAAACUAUUUCUAAUAAUCA